AUUAUAAUUAAAAAAAAAAGGAAACGUCAAUAUUGUAAGCAGAAAUUAUACGAGUUUAAACCAAAACUCUGGCAGUUCACCAUAUUUCUUUCGCAUAAAUAAAAUUUUAGAAAACCGUGUCACUUUGCAUGAAGAGGACAUUCUCCAAGAAUUCAAAGUUUGAAUUAGGUAUCAAAAGCUACAAUUAUUAUCCCGCAAUUUAAAAUCAAAUAUUCCGCUUAUUCCGAAAUUAAACGACCUAAAACAGCUUAAGAAUUUGUAUUGUUAAAGAUUAAACUCAAGCUUACGCAAGAUGCCGGGAUUAAAACGAAAAAGUUUUUCGAUUGAAAAAAAGAUUAUGAUAAUCCAGCGUUUGGAAUCUGGUGAAUCGAAUGCAUCUCUCUCUAGGGAAUUUGGUAUGAGCCAUUCAACAAUAUCAACAAUCAAGAAGAACAAAAACCGAAUAGUUCGCCGUUUGAAUUCGAUUUUCGUGAAGCCGAAACGUGGGAGAGCCGAAACAGAUGACGAAGUCGACGAAUCUCUUAUACAGUGGUAUAAGCUCAAACAAAAACAAGGGGUUCCCGUAAAUGAUCUUGAGAUUCAAACAAUGGCCAACUUUUUUGCUAAGCAGCUCAACAUUUUUAAUUUUAACUGUUCGGAUGAUUGGAUAAAUCGAUUUAAAAUCAAACACAAUAUUAAUUUAGCAGAACAAAAUAAGAUUGAUGAAAUUGAGCAAGAUAAAGCAAUUUCGAUGCUUUACAAUGCCUGGAUCAAAGAGGAUCAAGAAGAUGAUGAUUCCUCAGUCAAAGAUAAAAAGUCAUCAGUUGAAAAGCCACCCAAUGAGGAGCCACCCAAAAAAUUCAAAUUUACGAAGGAUAAAACUAAAGAUGAUGAUACCAUGCGAAAUCAUCUCUUCUAUUCAUAAAGGUGUACGAGAUUCUUGUUAUCAGAGAAAAGAUAACUUAAUGCAGUAAAAAAUCACAGAUUACUUUUAGUUUAGUUAAUAAACAUAAAUAAUUAUUUGCCUUAGGA